AUGAUGUUCCCAAGCCUGCUCGCGCCUCCCGCCGUGUACCCGAGUCUCCUGCGGCCGACCCCGACUCUCACGUUGCCUCAGACGCUACAGUCCGCCUUCUCCGGCCCCUCCGGCUUCUUGGUGGAAGACCUCCUGCGGAUCGGCCGGCCGGCAGGUUAUCCCCCCAGAGGAAGCGCCCCGCCGCCCAGCUUGUCUCCCCCGGUUGGGGGCGCCGGCGCCGCCAGGACUGACGCGGCGAGCGCAGCCGAUCUGGGGACUGCCGAUUCCUCCGGCGCCAGGACCAGCUGCUCCUCCCAGUCGUCGGUCUCUUCCAGCGGGGACGCCACUUUCCUGAAGUUCGGAGUCAACGCCAUCCUGUCCUCACCUCCGCGGACAGAGACUUCUCCCGCGCUGAUCCAGAAUGUCCCCGUCAAGACCUUCUCCUUCCCCUACUUCGAAGGCUCCUUCCAGCCUUUUAUUAGAUCAUCUUAUUUCCCAGCUUCCUCUGUGGUGCCUAUCCCUGGCACAUUCUCUUGGCCCCUGGCUGCCCGAGGGAAACCACGCCGAGGGAUGCUCCGCAGGGCAGUCUUCUCAGAUGUCCAACGCAAAGCCCUGGAGAAAAUGUUUCAGAAACAGAAAUACAUCAGCAAACCAGAUAGGAAAAAACUGGCAGCUAAGCUGGGCCUAAAAGAUUCCCAGGUGAAGAUCUGGUUCCAAAACAGAAGAAUGAAGUGGAGAAACUCCAAAGAGAGAGAACUCCUGUCAUCUGGUGGCUGCCGGGAACAAACCUUACCCACAAAGUUCAACCCUCACCCAGACCUCAGUGAUGUGGGCAAGAAAGGCACUGGCGAGGAAGAGGAGGAAGCAGUAUCCCCAUUGUACCCAGCUAGCCCAAGGCAUUCCUUAGCUUACCACCAGUCCACAGAUCAUACACAUCAGAGAGACAGGUUGGAUUCCCAGAUGCUCCCUUCCCCCACACAUUCCAGCAGUCCCAGUAAGCCAUCAGACUUUUCAGACUCAGAAGAGGAGGAAGAGGAGGAAGGAGAGGAGGAGGAAGAUGAGGAGAUCACAGUUUCGUAG